AGAGCUGAGAGGUUUAAUCGUUGCAGCCGAACUCAGUCUCUCGACUUAACCCAGAAACCAAAGCUCUCAGCUUUGUGCAACCAUGUUGAGAAUCAAAACUCCCCAGAAGGCCAGGGCCAGAAGAGAGCUCGAGAAGCGUGCCCCCAAGCUCAUCGAGACGGGGAAGAAGACUUUGAUACUUCACGGAACGAAAACCAGCGCUGUGUUGAACGCGGUUUUAUCGGACAUUUACCAUUUGAAGAAGGAGAGCGCGGUCAAAUUCAGCCGGAAGAAUAAGGACGUUUGCCCUUUUGAAAAUGGCGGCGAGACCUCGCUGGAGUUCUUUUCUCAUCAGACGGAUUGCAGUCUUUUUGUUUAUGGUUCUCAUACAAAGAAGCGGCCCAACAAUCUUGUCUUAGGGAGAACAUACGAUCACCAUAUUUACGAUCUUAUAGAGGUUGGGGUUGAAAACUAUAAACGCAUGGACUCAUUUUCAUUUGAUAAGAAACUAUCUCCACAUGUGGGAUCAAAGCCUUUCAUUUGUUUUAUUGGAGAAGGAUUUGAGAAUGUACAAGAGCUUAAACAUUUGAAGGAAGUUCUGCUUGAUCUGUUCCGAGGAGAGGUUGUAGAGAAACUAAAUCUUGCGGGAUUAGAUCGUGUAUAUCUAUGUUCAGCUAUAUCUGCAAACAAAGUGAUCCUCACACAGUGUGCGCUGCGACUGAAAAAGUCUGGCACAGUAGUUCCAAGGACUGAAUUGGUAGAAGUUGGACCCUCCAUGGAUUUGGUAGUUCGUCGGCAUCGUCUUCCUAAUGAUAACCUAAGGAAAGAAGCCAUGAGAGUAGUUAGAGAUCAGCCUAGGAAGGACAAAAAUAUUAUGCAAGACACACUGCGAGGCAAGGUUGGCAAAAUCAAUAUUCCAGAUCAGAAGGUUGAUGACACGAAGUAUUUCCACACAAAGGUUGGGGAUUCAUAUGUGCCUCACAAGACAAAAGGAAUUAAAAGGGAGCGCCGUGAAGCUAAAAUGAAAAAGGAGGAAAAAGAGGGUGAUGAGCACGCAUCAAAGAGGCAGAAGGAAGAUUCUGAGUAAUUCUUUUCGGGCAAGCAGUCUGUACUGGGUUCAGUGGUGUUACUUGCUGUCAUCGACUUUACUAUUGUGCCAAAUGCUAGCAAGAAUUGAAGUCAAAGGGUGGCAUAGAUUCGAGUACCAUGGGACAGUCGUCUUUAUCAUAUUUCAUAGAUUUUUUCUACUUAUCAUACAUUUGGUUGUGUGUAGCAUGAGUUAUAUCUGUUGUUUUUUGUGUGACCAUAAUGAUGUGUACACUUCAAUGGUGGUGAAUCCUUCCUUUUCUAAAAUCUUUCCCACCCAUGAAUAUCAUUUUAC